AUGUCCCUCGCAGAUCUCCAACCCAACAGGCUGUACAUUCUCCUUUUCAUCAGACAUCAUCCCCCCAUUCCGAAUGACUUUCACUGGGGACUUUAUUUCCAUCGGGACAGCCGCAGGGGCGGCACGAAGUAUCAUAUCAAGCAACAAGGAAGUGGCUGGAUUUCCGCCCACGGACCUACUUCUGGGGUGUUCAAAUCUUUUCUUUUGGUGGGACUUUUUGGAAUUGCUGAUGUGCCCGGUGGUUGGGAGGAUGCCCUGGAUCAAACCAUCCGGACAUACGAUCAUCAGUUGAACCAGCCAGCCACCACCUGCCGUGUCUGGCUUUUCCGGGUGCUGGCUCUUUUGCAGAAUGCCCAUGUCCUGAAGUGCACGAGCCUUGAGGAAUUGGAGGCUGAAGCCAAGAGCUGGGGGAAUGCACAUGCGAGCGAUGCUGCCGACAAUCUUCAGCCGAGGCCGUUCGCCAAUUCAUCCCUGUGCGGACUGUGA